GAAGGGCAAGAUCAAGAAGCUGACAGGGGUGAAGACCAAGGAGCUCUUGGUGUGGGUGCAGCUCAGUGACAUUUACGUUGAUGACCCUCCAACUGGGAAGAUCACCUUCAAGACCCCUGCUGGGUUGUUUAGGACUUUUCCUUUUUAAAUUUUGAAUUUUUAGUUGAUUGAGCUGCUUAAUGGCGUCGUCAGAGAACGUGGCGAGCAUGAUGGAGCCGUGGGCUUUCAGGCCCAACACCUUCGCCGACUCCUGGAUCUCCGACGCCAUUUCCCGCGACACCAAAACCCUCACCAUGGCGCCCCAGAAGUCCCUCUCCGGAAACAACCCGGAGCCGCUCGAUUCUUCCUCCGCCGAUUUUUUCAUGCCUUUUCUCAACACCAUCGUUCAAACACCCGAAGCGGCCCCCACCCCCACCGUUUCGGGACUCUCCGGCUCGGACGAUUUGGAUUCGGCUGCCGCUCCCCUUAAACGCCAGCAGAGAAACGCGAUUCCGGUGGCGAAUGGUAGUGGUAAGGUUUCGAAACGCAAGUCUCCCGCGUCGAAACGGUCCCAGACGACUUUCAUCACGGCGGACCUGAGCAACUUCCGACAGAUGGUGCAACAGGUGACCGGCGUAAGAUUCGGUAACGGACAAGUCACUAUGCCGUCGGUUCUGAAGCCGGAGCCACAGAGACCCGGUAGCCGGUUGGCCGGUGUUGUCGGCCUCUGCAUGCCGACCCUUGAUACGUCUGCGUAUCUUUUGGAUCAGCCCAAUCAAGAGCCGCAGCUGGCGGGCCCCAUUUCAACUAGGAUAGCUACUGGGCCUGGGCCCAACACCACGUUGACCGGGUCCGGCCCAGUGUCAUUCGGGCCGACGGGUGGCGUCGACGUCGCUCCUGGCGGCGCCGUUGGGCAUGGGUAUAGAGGAAAAGGGUAAGACUUGAAUUUAGGUGAAUACGUCGUCAGCUACUCAACUAAUUCGGCUACACUCAAAUUUAUGAGUAAUUCUUAUUAUUUAUUGGAAAGUUAAUGCAUUUAUAGAUGUUGAGUGCUAAUUUAUGUUGCGAGGCCAUGUUGAUACACAAUCAUUAAUAUUUUACUUCUCUAUCGUA